CUAUUUCUUUUGUUAGAGAAGAAAACAAGAAAGAGAAGCUCUUGCAUUUCUCAUGAACUCAGGAGUCGUAUUGGGUUUCUAUUGUUGGGGUUGGGAGUUCUUAACUGCCCUUCUUCUCUUCUCCAUUUAUGCUUAAAUCCUUCCUAAAUUUUUUGUUUUCCUUCACUUUCCCUCCAUUUUUUCCCUUAUAUAUAUAUAUAUAUAUAUAUAUAUAUAUCUCGCUAUAUAUCAAGAAUUGUUCUUAGUUUAAUUUCUCAAUGAAGCCAACGGUUGGGGACAAGGGUUUGUUAGGAUAUGUUAGAAAAUCGACUCCACCACCAUUUUUAAUGAAAACUUAUAAGCUCGUGGAGGAUCCGGCAACCGAUAACGUGAUAUCGUGGAACGGGGACGGAACGGGUUUCGUGGUGUGGCAGCCGGCGGAAUUUGCCCGGGAUCUCCUCCCUACACUCUUCAAGCACAGCAACUUCUCUAGCUUCGUUCGGCAGCUCAAUACUUAUGGAUUUCGAAAAGUUGCAACUAGCCGCUGGGAGUUCUGCAAUGGAAUGUUCCGAAGGGGAGAAAGAGAGCUGCUAUGCAAUAUUCGUCGAAGAAAGACAUGGACAAACAAGCAACAACAACCUAUUGCGGAACCAAUGCAAGUUGCAGCUCAGGAAUCUGAUGAAGAACAAAGAUCCUCGUCAACUUCAUCGUCUUCUGGAUACAACAUCCUGAUGGAUGAGAACAAACGUUUGAAAAUGGAAAAUGGGGUACUGAGCUCAGAGCUAACAAGCAUGAAGAAGAAGUGCAAAGAGUUGCUGGAGUUGGUGACGAAGUUUGCAGAAAAUGAGAAGGAAGAGGAGGACAAGGAGCUGAAGCUGUUUGGUGUGAGGUUGGAAGUUGAGGGCAACAAGGAGAGGAAGAGGAAGAGAGCAGAGAUUAGUGAAAGUGCAUGCUUUUUACUGUCUCAGUCUUGCAAAUAAAGCAGAAUGUAAUACAUGCUAGAAUAAUGAUGAUGACAUUACAGAUUAAAAUAAAUUGAUUAAGCAGCUUUACAAAUAUAAGUGUACAGUACAUGCGGUAUCCAUUCUGUAUUCUUAUAAUGACUCACCCGACAAAGAACAAGCCUGUGAAAAUAAGCAACAGCCUCAUUCUAAUUUCUACCGACAAACUUGGCACUUCAGCUGUCACGUGUUCCUGCUGUUGUCUGAAGCCUCCAACAGCAGAAAUCAAGCAAAUUUUUAUGACUUUCCACCAGGUUGAAUGAACAGAAUAUGGCAAUUAUUCCUCUGGUGGAAACAAAGUGUAUGUUGAACUGGUCUCAGUCUUUGUAAACUGCAUAGAAAUCUUAUAGCAUCACCUGCUAGUUGGAAUUGUUAAAAAUGUCUUGAUAUAAUUGUGGAACAAAGAACUAAUUGUUCUAAGCAAUAUAGUUAUGAGGGUCUG